AUGUCACAGAUCACCGCAGCCUCGGACUUGGAGUAUUGGAUGCAGAGACUUCGGGACAAGGAGCGAUGCACUUUUCCCAUUCUAGAUGAUGGCGUGGAGAACGCCUCAAUUCAGGCUCAAUGGGUGGAUGUGAAAGUCCUUGAUUCGAGCUUGUUGGAUGCUUUUUGUCGGGACAACGAACUGAAGCUAUCUACCGUUUUCCAGACGGCGUGGGCAUUGGUGGUGAGGAGCUAUACGGACAGAGACGAUGUAUGCUUUGGGUACUGCGAAGAUUCACAGUUGAUCCCACGGCACCUUGUCAUCCCGCGUGAAUCUGGACUCAGGCAUGUACUUGAUUCCGUAGACACAUCGUACACACGCGAUUCGAAUCACAGAAGCUGCAACUUGGCAGAUAUCGAAGCCUCUCUGAACUUGGACGAAGGAGGACUCUUUAAUACCGAAUUAUGGUUCCGGCAGAGGGACGGAGAUUAUGGUUUGGAGAGUGCCUCAGUUGGCGGGAGUCGCUUAAAUUCGCGGAGUGUGAUCGGCGUCGAGGUCGAGUCCGGGCCAGGCUGCUCGGUAUCCUUGAGGCUCAGAUACAGACACGCAGGUCUAUCAGAUGGCCAAGCUCUUAACGUUUCGAGCUCCAUGGAGAUGGCUUUGCUAUGCGUGCUACAAGAGACUCAUCGAAGCGUGGGCGAGCAAAGUCUAUUCAGUGAACACCACCAGCGCCAGGUGAAGCAAUGGGAUCGACAUCCGCCGGAGGAGCAGAAUCUGUCGCUACACGGAGCCAUGUUGUUGCUAGGUAGAGUUAUAGCGAAAAGUAAGGCCGAACUUAGCGGUUCUUUAAGCAAAAAGCAAAAGGAAACUGCAGUCAAAGCAAACCUAGCUAUACAACAAUAUAUUACGAAGAAAGGAAAGGCGGCAAAAGAACUGCUUGCUUUAAAGAAACUAUCAUUAGUGCUUGAACCUAAAAUCUCUUUAUCACCCCUUUAA